AUGCAACAGCAUGAGGCGGCGAUGCAGCGCCAAGAAGCCUCUCUUGAGCAGCAGAACUUCAUGAUGCAGCAGAUGGAAGCUGCUAGGCAGGCUGCUGAGGACGCACAGAGGCAGCAUGUGGAUGCUCUCCGUCAGUUAGGGGAGAAUGCUGCUGGUGCACCGAUGUAUGGUCCUCAUCCCCAACCUCCACCCCCUGAAUGGAGUUUGGAAGAUUUCUUAAAGCACCAACCUGCCAAGUUUGAUGGCAAGAAGAGUCCCGAUCAGGCGGACCAAUGGAUGAAGGACAUGGAGCGCAUCUUUGAUGCCAAGAGGUGCCCGGAUGAAAGCAGGCUUGCUUUCACUGUCUACAUGCUCACUGGAGAGGCUGAGCAUUGGUGGGCCAGCAUGAAGCUGGUGAUGGAAGAGAAGCAUGAGGACAUCACGUGGAGAGCCUUCAAGAGGAGGUUCUUGUCUGAGUAUUUCCCUGAUAGCGUGAGGUACGCUAAGGAGGUAGAAUUCCUCCAGCUGACGCAGGGAAACAAGUCAGUGGCCGAGUAUGCCGAGUAUGCCGAGCAGUUCAAGCAUCUGGGACGUUUCUACACCAUGCCACUAGAUGAGGAGUGGCGUUGCAGGAAGUUUGAGAAUGGUCUCAGAGGAGACAUUCGGUUGAUGGUGGCCCCGCUGUCCAUCAAGGACUUUGCGGCCUUAGUGGAAAAGGCCAGGGUCAUGGAGCGCAUGAAGGUAGAAGUGGAAGCUCAGCAGCAGCCACAACAGAGAGUUAGCGGACCAUCUGGGUCCAGGCCACGAGUUGAAGAAAGGAGGAAGCCUUAUGCUAGACCCCAUCCACAGCCACAGGGAUCUGGAGGUUUCUCUUCCCCGCCCGGCAGGAUACAGUGUUACCAUUGCGGAGGACCGCAUGCGAAGAAUUUCUGCCCACAACUUCCAGGUUUCCGCAGAUGCAACCUAUGUGGCAGGGUAGGCCACUUCGGCAAGGAUUGUCCUUCUAGGAGAGGGGCAGUAGCACGACCCUCACCACAGACUCCGAGCCAGACGUCUGGUCAGACUCAGCAGAGAGGAGGAGGCAGCAGGCCUCAGGCUACAGGCAGGGUUUUUGCUAUGACCGGGUCAGAGGCAGCAGGUUCAGGUAACCUAGUUACUGGUUGUUGUGUGAUAUCUGGAAAAUCUUGUUGCGUGCUUUUUGAUUCUGGAGCGACACACUCAUUUGUGUCAGAGUCUUGUGUGCGGGAGUUGGGUCUGUCGGUGUGUGAGCUACAAUUUGAUCUCGUGGUAUCGACUCCGGCAUCUGGGUUAGUUAGGACUUCUUCAAUGUGUUCUAGAUGUUCAGUUGAGGUAGAGGGACGCGUAUACAAAGUCAAUCUUAUAUGCCUCCCUCUGCAAGGGCUUGACGUGAUCUUGGGAAUGGAUUGGCUCUCUGCCAAUCACGUUCUCAUCGACUGCCGGGAGAAGAAGCUGUUGUUCUCAAACUCAGAGGAGCCUGAGUUGUUGUCUUCUAAUGAGGUUAUGAAGGAAAUUCAGAGCGGCGCGCAGUGUUAUAUGGUCUUUGCCAGGAUGGAAGUUGAGAAAGAGGAGAGGAUAACAGUAAUACCGGUGGUCAGGGACUUUGAGGAUGUGUUCCCUGAAGAGGUACCGGGUUUACCCCCUAGGAGAGAAGUUGAGUUCUCCAUAGACUUGGUACCAGGAGCCGGUCCUGUGUCGAUAGCUCCUUACCGUAUGGCGCCAGCAGAGUUGGUGGAGUUGAAGAAGCAGAUAGAGGAAUUGCUAGAGAAACAGUUUAUACGGCCGAGUGCUUCACCGUGGGGAGCGCCUGUUUUGCUUGUGAAGAAGAAGGACGGUAGCUCCAGGUUGUGUGUGGAUUAUAGGCAGCUGAACAAGCUGACUAUCAAGAAUAAGUACCCCUUGCCAAGAAUAGAUGAUUUGAUGGAUCAGCUUCAUGGGGCAUCUGUGUUCUCCAAGAUUGAUCUUCGGUCAGGUUAUCAUCAGAUUCUGGUGAAGGCAGAAGAUGUUGAGAAAACUGCUUUCAGAUCCAGAUACGGGCAUUAUGAGUAUGUGGUCAUGCCAUUCGGUGUGACUAAUGCCCCGGCCUUGUUCAUGGACUACAUGAACCGGAUCUUCCGUCCGUUUCUAGAUAAGUUUGUCGUAGUCUUCAUAGACGACAUUCUCAUCUACUCCAGGACGCAUGAGGAACAUGCCGAGCAUCUGAGGAUAGUGCUUGGUAUCUUGAGGGAGAAACAACUGUUUGCCAAGUUGUCAAAGUGCGACUUCUGGAUGAGAGAGGUGCAGUUCUUGGGGCACGUUAUAUCAGCUCAGGGUAUAGCUGUGGAUCCAGCUAAGGUAGAGGCCGUGAUACAGUGGGAGUGUCCCAAGUCGGUGACUGAGAUUCGAAGUUUCGUGGGUUUAGCUGGCUACUACAGGAGAUUUAUAGAGGGGUUCUCCAAGAUAGUGGCACCCUUGACACAGCUAACCAGGAAAGACCAACCAUUUGCAUGGACUGAUAGAUGUGAAGAGAGCUUCAGAGAGCUUAAGCAGAGGUUGACGAGUACUCCAGUUCUGAUAAUUCUGGAUGUGAGUAAACCCUUUGAGGUGUAUUGUGAUGCCUCUCAUCAGGGCCUUGGGUGUGUUUUGAUGCAAGAGAGGAAGGUGGUGGCUUAUGCUUCUAGACAGUUGAAGGACUACGACUUCGAGCUUCUCUAUCAUCCAGGGAAAGCGAAUGUGGUGGCAGACGCACUGAGCAGGAAGACCGUGCAUGUGGCACACUUGAUGAUGAAGGAGUUGGAGUUGCUUGAGAGUUUCAGAGACAUGAAGCUACAGUUUGAGUUGGAACCGGAAUUCAUUAGGUGUAGCACCUUGGUUAUAUCUAGUGACUUCUUGGGCUUAAUCAGGGAGAGACAAGCAACGGAUGUUAGUCUACAGAAGGUAAAAGAGUUGCUGGGGACGAAUCAGUCCAAGGAGUUUGCCUUGGGCAGUGACGGUGUGUUGAGGUUCAGAGGCAGAGACCUCAAGGAGAACUUUUGGUGGCAGGGCAUGAAAAAGGAAGUGGCACAGUUCGUAGCGGCCUGUUUGACUUGUCAAAAGGCUAAGGUGGAGCAUCAGAAACCCGGUGGAACGCUUCAACCUUUGGACAUUCCGGUGUGGAAGUGGGAUAGCAUAGCCAUGGAUUUUGUUAUCCACUUGCCUCGCACCAUGAGGGGUCAUGAUGCUAUAUGGGUGGUGGUGGAUCGGUUAACGAAGAGUGCUCACUUCUUGACUGUGAAUCUCAGGAUGUCUAUGACCAAGUUGGCUCAGCUCUACAUCCGAGAGAUAGUGAGACUUCAUGGAGUGCCUAGUAGCAUAGUGUCUGACAGAGACCCCCGGUUCACUUCCAGUUGGGAUGAGGUGUUACCGCUGGUGGAGUUUACCUAUAACAACAGUUACCAGGCGAGUAUAGGGAUGGCACCUUAUGAGGCUUUGUAUGGGAGGAGGUGUAGGACUCCUUUAUGUUGGUACCAGGACGGUGAGUCGGUUUUGGUAGGACCUGAGUUGUUGCAACAGACCACAGAGAAGGUGCAGUUGGUGAGAGACAGGUUGCAAGCAUCCCAGAGUCGGCAGAAGGCAUAUGCUGAUAGGAGGAGAAGACCCCUAGAGUUUAAGGCUGGGGAGCAUAUCUUGAGGAGGAUAGGGCCCGUGGCUUAUGAGAUUGCAUUGCCACCCCAGUUGGCUAAUCUACACCCAGUCUUUCAUGUUUCACAACUACGGAAGUAUGUUUUUGAUCCAUCGCAUAUCUUGGAGGCUGAAGAUGUGGAAGUCAGGGAGAAUCUCCAGGUAGUGGUACAGCCCGUGGCUAUAGAGGAUCGUCAAGUUAAGGAGCAGAAGGGAAGAGCCACGAGUCUUGUGAAGGUCAUCUGGGACCGGAGGACAGGUGACGCAACUUGGGAGCUAGAGGAGGAGAUGAGGAGUUCAUACCCACAUCUGUUCUGUGUGAGUUUGUUGGAUGAAAUGGAGUUGCAUGUGUGUUUGGGAGCGGAUCUGGGUGGUUUCCGCCACUGCAUGUGGGUGGACAGUGCUUACCCUUGCAUUUCUGUUUAUGUCCUGUUAUGUUUUCCCUCUUGCGAUGAUCACCUUCUGGUGGGAGCAGAUGAGAGGGAGAUAAGUUUCCAGUCUAACCCAGUUUCUAAUGGUGCUUUCUGUGUGUCCAGUGAUAUGGCACCCCCUCGUGUAGCUCCUCCUCAACCUUCUCAGGGUGACGGACAAGACCUAGCUAGGGCGAUCGAGGCUAUGGCUGCAGCCUUGACGAGGGUGGUCCAAGUGGCGAAACUUUACAAGUUUCGCCCAAGCGACUCCCUCUCGCCUAGGCGAGAGUUGCAGGAGUUCAUUCAGGGUUUAGGCUCGAGCAUUUCGCUCAGGCGACCAAGGUUUGGGUUGAGCAAAACAAAGUCUCGCUCAGGCGAGAGUGGCUCGCCUAAGCGAGGACGCGAAGAGUGUUGUGUGUGGUUAAGCGCGAAUCCUCGUCCAGGCGAGGAGAUUUGGGUGUUUGAGCGAAUGGGGUCUCGCUCAGGCGAGAUGGGCUCGCCUAAGCGAGACAAGGUGGUGCAGUCACUGUUUCAUGCUCGCUCAGGCGAGGUGGACUAG